CCGGAGUUAGUUCAAACUGUCCCGGGACCGCGAGCUGAGACCCCCUCUGUUUUUACCUAUAGUGCUCUUGGGAUUUGACUCUCAGGGAUGGCCGCGUCUAUUUUGGAGGAGGAGGCCCGGUAUGGGUCCAGUCCCCUGGCGAUGCUGACCGCCACCUGCAACAAGUUCGGCAGCACCAGCCCGGCACGGGACACGGCCACGCCCGGCAAGGCCAGCGGCACCGGCCCGGUGAAGAAGCCCUACGGCCUGACCUCUGACCUCCAGGCGCCCAAGAGCGUGCGGGGCGGGGACGGGCUGGCCGACGCCUACACCGCCUCCUUCGGCGCGGGCGGGGGACUCCUCACCCCCUCCGGGAGCCCGCCCCCGCCCGCCGGGGGCUACUCCUCCGAAUACAACCCCUUCUCCCACUCCUUCCAGACCUCCGUGUCCCAGGACCCGUCCCUGCUGGCCUCCAAGGCCCACGCCACGGCCGACUGCCUGACCAGCGUGUACACCUCGCUGGACAUGUCGCACCCGUACGGCUCCUGGUACAAGGCGGGCAUCCACCCGGGCAUCACGGCGGCGCCCGCCAACCCCCCCACCUCGUCCUCCUGGUGGGACGUGCACCCCAACUCCAACUGGCUGAGCGCGGCCUCCCAGUCCCAGCCCGACCCGCUCCAGGCCUCCCUGCAGCCCGUGGCCCCCCAGGGCUCGCUCAGCCCCCAGCUGCCCAGCUACGGCGCCGACUUCACCUCCCUCAACCCCGCCCCCUACCCUGCCGUGGGCCUGGGCUCCUCCUCCCACCUCCUGCCCGCCCCCCACCAGCACAUGCUGCCGCAGCCCAAGCCCAUGCCCGGGGCGGGGCUGAUGGACCCCCCCAUGGGGCUGAAGCCGGCGCGGGCGUCGGGCGGGUACGGCGGGGGGGCCCCCGGGGGGCGCUCCACCUGCGACUGCCCGAACUGCCAGGAGCUGGAGCGCCUGGGGGCGUCGGCCGCCUCCCUGCGGAAGAAGCCGGUGCACAGCUGCCACAUCCCCGGCUGCGGCAAGGUGUACGGCAAGGCCUCGCACCUGAAGGCGCACCUGCGCUGGCACACGGGCGAGCGGCCCUUCGUCUGCAACUGGCUGUUCUGCGGCAAGCGCUUCACCCGCUCCGACGAGCUGGAGCGCCACGUGCGCACGCACACGCGCGAGAAGAAGUUCACGUGCCCGCUCUGCAACAAGCGCUUCACGCGCUCCGACCACCUCAGCAAGCACCAGAAGACCCACGCCGACGCCCCGCUCCAGGGCAAGGGCGGGGUCGCCAGCGAGGGCGGGGAGGCCCCGCCCGGCGGCGACCACGCCAGGCCCGGCGACGCCCUCAACGCCGGCGACCCCGCCCCCUCGGGCGCGGCCCCCGUGGACCCCGCCGCUGAGGAUAAGAGCGGGGUGGGGGGCGGGGUGGAGACGAGCGGAGGACUGCUGGAGAUCUGA